CUCGAAGGACUUUAGAAGGCAACGGAAGCGUCCAUGCGCUCUUGUUCAGCAAACAAGAGGGGCGAGGGCGUGUGGAAACGGCAACGUUUUCUAUUUGGCCCUCGCGCGCAAGGUUGGCAGCGUCGGAUCCAAUCGUCAUCUAUUUCCUGUCAUGACCCCAGUUGAAUUCCCUAAUUCAAACUGAAUCAAGAUUAGGGAUUUAACGUUUUAGAUCUCCUUCGAAGGUAAUAGCAAAGGUAAGAGUUCAAAAGUUGAGAAGCUGUGUGAUUCCCAAAGAUUACAGCAAUGUCAAUGGAGGAAGGCAAUGUUGAUGAAGUGCCGGAAAUUCACGUUGAAGGUUAUACCGUAAAUCCUGAGAAACAGUUUUCUGGCACCCACCAUGGAAGGAAUGGGAAUCUCGCCAAAGAAAAUGGAUUGCAUGAUGACAGUCCGUUGACAGAGACUGCUCAUGAGCAGCUUGUACAAAUGGUUAUUGAGCUAAAGUUUCAGAAUGAGUUCUUGAAGUCUCAAUUUGAGGCUUUGAAAAAUCUUCAGUCAGCAGAUGAUGAAUCUCAACAAAGGACAAAAGCAAGUGGUAAAAAAACUGGGGAAUCUGCUGAUAUGGAGGAACUCCAUAAAAGAAUUGAAUCUUUGAGUAGAGAACUUCACGAAGAAAAACAAACACGAGUUGCAGCAGAGGAGGCUUUGAAGCAUCUUCGUGAGGCACACUCUGAAGCAGAUGCAAAGGCCCAAGAGCUCUCAGCAAAGCUUGCUGAAGCUCAACAGAAGUUAGAUCAAGAAAUAAAAGAACGUGAAGAGAAGUACUCUGAACUUGAUUCCAAAUUUCAAAGGCUUCAUAAAAGAGCAAAACAACGUAUUCAAGAAGUUCAGAAGGAAAAGGAUGAUCUUGAAGCCCGCUUUCGCGAGAUAAAUGAAACUGCUGAGCGAGCAUCAUCACAACAGUCAACACUGCAACAAGAGCUAGAGCGCACGAGGCAACAAGCAAAUGAUGCAUUGAAAGCAAUGGAUGCUGAGAGGCAACAAUUACGAAGUGCAAACAAUAAACUCCGUGACAAUAUUGAGGAGUUGCGCCAAUCAUUUCAACCCAAAGAGAAUGCUCUUGAGGCAUUACAACAGACACUUUUGGAGAAAGAUCAGAUGUUGGAAGACAUGAGAAGUUUAUUACAAUCUGCUGAAGAGAAAAGGCAAGCUUCAAUAGCUGAGCUCUCUGCUAAACAUCAGAAGAAUAUAGAGAAUUUGGAAGGCCAACUCGCUGAUGCUUUAGCUGAUAGGGUUAAAGCUACUGAAACUAUAUCUUCACUGCAGGUGCUGAUUGCAGACAAAGAAUCUAGAAUUGCGGAGAUGGAUGCUGCUUCAAGUGGUGAAGCAGCUCGGCUUAGAGCUGCUUUGGAAAGUGUAAAAGGAGAGCUUGCUCACCAAAAACAGGAGCAUGAGAAGGAAAAAGAGAGCUGGGAAGCUGCCUCCCAGGCACUCAAAAUGAAACUUGAAAUUGCUGAGAGCAACUGCAUACGUUCUGAAAUUGAGGCAGCUAAAAUGAGAAGUCAGCUGGAAUUAGAAGUAUCUGUACAAAACCAGAUGCUAAACAAGAAGGACAGCGAACUGUUGGCUGCCAAAGAGGAGAUCAACCACCUUGAAAGUGAAUUUUCCUCAUAUAAAGUUCGUGCUCAUGCACUACUCCAGAGAAAGGAUGCUGAGCUGGCUGCAGCUAGGGACUCUGAACAGCUUAAAGCUUUGGAGGAAGCCAUAAAUGAGGCUGAAAGAGAAGUUUCAUUGGUAUCUUCAGAAAGAGAUAAGGCUCUCCGGCAUCUUCAGGAUGCAUUGGCUAAUCAUGACAAAGAACUUGCUGAGAGAGAUGCAGCUCUUAGCGAUUCCAAGCGUCAGAUCAAGAGUGUAGAAAUGAAACUAGAUUCUGCAAAUGCUCGCUACCAAUUAGAGAAAGAAGCAUGGGAAACAAACCUUAAAAAUUUGGAAGACUCGUGGCAAUUGAGAUUUGAGGCAUUGAAGGCAGAAAAGGAAGCAACUUCUGGGCAAGAUAUACGAAAGGAAUUAGAAGAGUUCAAACUACGGUAUAAAAAACUGAAGGAAGAGCAUGACUCAUUUUGUGGCCUUGCUGAUAGAAUGAUUGGGGAGAAAGAUAAAGAAAUCUCUAAACUUGUUGAUGAUAAUAAGAAUCUUCGCUCCUCUCUGGAAUCAAGGCCUCAAGAUAAUCAAAAUGAAAAUAAUAUCACAGCCAUGAAAAAACAGGAUGCACCAAAUUUAAUUGCCUCUGCUGCAGAACAGCAAAUUCUGCUCUUGGCAAGGCAACAAGCGCAGAGAGAGGAGGAACUGGCACAAUCACAGCGGCAUAUUUUGGCACUUCAAGAGGAAAUUGAGGAACUUGAACGGGAAAAUCGUCUUCACAGCCAACAGGAAGCCAUGUUGAAGGCUGAGCUACGCAACGUGGAAAGAACACAGAAAAGGGAGGGUGUAGAUAUGACAUAUCUGAAAAAUGUGAUACUGAAACUGCUUGAAACAGGUGAAGUGGAGGCACUAUUGCCUGUGAUCGCAAUGCUUCUGCAAUUCAGUCCUGAAGAGGUGCUGAAAUGUCAACAAGCAUACCGCACAUAUGGUGAUGUUCCACCAAGUCCAGCAAGUGAUACUUCUGGAUCCACGCUCUCACUUUUCUCAAGAUUCUCAUUUUCAUAACACGAGCAGGGACUACCUAGAGAAUUCUUUUGUUGCAGAACUGUCUGCAAAUGCUACCGAGCCACAGCAGUGUUGGGUGCUUGCUAGGAGAUUCAAAGCAGAGGUGACAUCAUAGUAUGUAUUCUUUUUGUAUCACGACCCUUCUUAUCUUUUCAUGCAACCUCUCAAAUAUUGUAAAGAAAAAUCACAUGAGAAUGAUAUGCGAUAACCAUGGAGAGGACAACAUCUUGGCAGCUUUCAGUUACGCUUUGUGGACGAAUUGCCAUGAAGCCCUUUUCUGCUGAGAUGUUUAUUUCCAAAUUUCCUUUCUGACAGCUCAUUGUAUAGGUGCAAAAGAAAAACUUGUUUGAUAAACUAAUAAUUAUUCCUUAAAAUUCAUUCAGAAACAAAAGAAGUGCCUUUUUUGUUCCAA